UACAGGAUGGGCAUAUGGUGAUCUCGGAUUUUGGUUGUUCGUCAAGUUUGGUCCACCUCAACGAAAUGAUUCCUUUCAUCGAACCUCUCUACCUAAAGGACCAAUCCUAUUGCCUGGAUAGGCGGUCCGACAUUUACAGUUUUGGUGGGAUCAUGUCCGAAUUGUCAUGUGGUCGACCACCAUUCGAGUUGUUUGGGUCAAAUUAUCAAUUAUUGAUCAAUCUCAUUGUCAACGGUGACAGAGACUCAUCAGUAAUUUCCGGUGCACCGGUCUCAUACACUCAACUAUACCGACGGUGUUGGGAUGCAGAUCCGUCAAAACGACCGACCAUAGAAAAUGUGAUGAAACUGCUCACCGACAUUCGAUCGGAAUUCCCAAAAGUCCUCACCAAACCACCGGCAGACAUCCCACAUCAAGCGAACCCACGUCACCAUGCCAUCAAAAACAUUCAAUCCUUGUCUGUACCUGCGAUUUCGCCGCGUGUAGAUUCCAUAGGAUGGAGGGAUUCGAUGGGUGAUUUUUCCGAGUAUGAUGUCAUUAGCAAGGAGGAAGUGAAAGGAUAUUCGGGAUCCACGAGAAAAGUAAACUCGGUACCUCUGGUCGGUGGUGUGUCACUAAAUUCACGACGUCGCGUAAAGGCACGUAGCCUAAGCUUCGGAACACCCAGAAAAUCUUUGCAAGUGCAAAGGGCACAUGAAAGUGCCCAUUUGCAACUUCAUCAUUCGAUGUCGAUGAUCGGAGGAAUCAACAACGAAUAUCUCAACAUAGGCGCCAACGCGCCGUUGUUUGAUAAUAAUCAGCCAAAAGUAAUCCUGAUCGCACGAUAUUGUCCAGGCAAGAGCAUCGUGAAAGUGUUUGACCAGCUAAAAAGGCGUAAGAUAGAUCUUAGGUCACGCGAAGCCUAUAAAUCCAAGUCGGUGUUUCAUAGUUUAAUCUGGAAUGAUGAUUUAUUCGAAGUGACUGGCAUAAAUCAUUCUCAACAAAAACCGGCAAGACACAGCAACUUCCGAGCCGCCUUGAAAUGGUUGAUUUCCAAUAAUUUGGAUAUAAAUUCCGUGGACGAUUUUGGAUGGACGGCAUUGCACGAGGCAAUCUGGAAGCGUAAAGAACCAGGUGUGAUAUUGGCAUUAUUGGAGAACCAAGCUAACCCAAAUAUACCGGACAAACUUGGUGCCACACCGUUGCACCAAUGCUUGGAUUUGCUGCGCACGACAACACGCGAUGACGAAAACCGACACAUAUUUACCAUAAUAAAGCUUCUACUGCAAUACGGAGCUGAUCCAAAUUUGGCGUUGCCGGACACCACACUCACAAUCUCCGGAUCAUCAUUUCCAAACUGUCUGUUUGCCGCGAUUUAUAUGGAUCUACCGUUGGAUAUCAUCGAAUUGAUGAUUAAGCAAGGGGCGGAUACCACAUCAACAACAUUUCGAGGAUUACAUUUACUAGAUUUCGCGGCGAAGAUGAAUAACGUGGUGGCAUUAAAUUACCUGACGGAUAAUAAGAACUCUUCGAAUAUCAGCAAGAGGUCAAGUAUAUUUAAUUCGUUGAGGAUAAACUCACGAGUGGGAUCGAUGGGGUCCAUUCCGAUCAAGUAUGAGAAAGGUGGUAGGAAGAAAAGGUGGAGCAUCAUACGUUCAAUAUAG